AUGGUUAUAAAAAACAUAUCAGGAGAUAUAAUAAAACAUUAUGUAAGGAAUAAUGAAUUAAAUAGAAGAUGUUUGAAAACAUUAGAUAUAUAUAAAAAUAAUAAAUCAAAUUUAAAUAUUAUCCAUUUAAGUAAUUAUGUUAAAAACUUACUCUUAGGGUUAUCAAAUGAUGAGGUGUUAGUAGAUGAGAAUUUUAUGAAAAAAAUAAAUGAAAGGAAUAAUAAAUAUAUUGUAUUUAAUAAUAUAUCAAAAGAAUGUAAUAAUAAUAAAAUAAAAAAUGUAUAUAAAUAUAAUUCUGAUAUGAAAAAUAUUGAAUAUAUAUUUAAUAAUAAUAUAAUGUAUAGAAAUAAUAUCAGUAUUGAUAUGAAGAAAUGUUAUAAAAAUGAAAAAAUAAGAAAAAAUUUUCAUACGUUGAAUAAAAUUUUUUUAAAAGGAGAGAAUGUAAUACAAGAUAAUAGAAAAGUUAAAGAAGAUAAGAAUGAUAGUAAUAAUAUAAAAAUGAAUAAAAUGUAUGAUCAUCAUCAUAAUAAUAAUAAUAUUUAUAGUGAUUUAAAUAAGAAUGAUAGUAAUAAUAUAAAAAUGAAUAAAAUGUAUGAUCAUGAUCAUCAUCAUCAUAAUAAUAUUUAUGGUGAUUUAAAUAAGAAUGAUAGUAAUAAUAAAAUAUAUGAGAUAUAUGAGAUAUUACAUAAAUAUGAAAAGAGUAUUAAUUUUUAUAAAUAUAUGUUUAUUAUGAAUAGUUUAGUUGUAAUAUUAAUAUUAUGUGGUUUAUUUGUUUUUACUGGGGAUAUAAUAAAUAAAUAUAUUAUAAAUAAAAUAGAGAAGGUAUUAGAAGAUAUAAAGAAUUCAAAAGAAAUUGAAAAUAAUUUAAAAGAAAUUAUUAAUAGUUUAAUAUAUAAUGUAGUUAUGCAAGAGAAAAAUAAAAUGAUUACUUCAGCUUUUUUUAUUGAUGUCUUAAAAAAUUCAAGAAAAGAUAUGGAAAAUGUAUUUAUAGAUAUUUUAGAAACAGAACAAGUAAAAAAUAAAUUAAGAAAUGUAUUUCAAGAUAUUUCUAUAUAUUUAUGUAAUAAUAAAGAAGUACAAAAAAAAGUAGCAUUUCUUCUAGCAGAAGCUAUACAUCUACCAGUAUCAAUUUCUAUAUCAAAAAAAUGGUUAAAUGAUUUAUUUAAUUCAGAAGAAGUUACACAAAAUAUGAGAAAUAUUAUAUAUAAAGAAUUAUUUAAAAAUGAUGAAAUGAUAAAUCAUUCCAUUGGAUAUUUACAAUAUAUACUCUUAAAUACUUUACAGAAUAAAAAUACACAUGAAAUGACAAAAUUAUUUUUAAAUUCUAUAAUAUCAAAUCAAGAAUUCCAAAUACAACUGUCUGAACAUGUCUGGAAAAUUUUCAAAUUAGCUUUAUCACCCAAGUGGAUGAAUAAUGAAGACUUCAAAAUUGUUUUAAAAGAUAGUAGAGGUGUAGAAAAAAUUAUUAAAAAAGAAUUUAAUGUCAAUAAUAAAAACGUAAACACUAUCAGUUGUGAAAUUGAUAACAAUAUUAAUAUAAAUGGGCAUUAUGGUAGUUCCGAUCAUUUAUCGCUCAUCAAUAAAAACUUCUCAGCAAAUGAUAAUAAAAAUAUUAAAAACGAUAGAUGUGAUGAAAUCAAUAAUGACACAUGUGAUGAAAUGGAUAACAUUAAAUGUGAUGAUAUUAAAAAGGUCAAAUGUGAUGAUAUUAAAAAGGUCAAAUGUGAUGAUAUUAAAAAGGUCAAAUGUGAUGAUAUUAAAAAGGUCAAAUGUGAUGAUAUUAAAAGUGUCAAAUGUGAUGAUAUUAAAAGUGUCAAAUGUGAUAAUAUUAAUAACCAUAAUGAUCAGAGUGGUGGUUAUAUGUCUUUGGUUGCUUCUGAAGAAGGAAAAACCAAAAUGAAUAUUAAAUAUAUAGAGGAGAAAUUAAAUAAAGAUAAUAUUAAAUAUAUAGAUAAUAUAACAAAGAAAGAAAAAAAUAGUAUACAUGAAAAUAUUUUUAUUCCAUUAAAAUAUCCUAUUAAUCAUACUUGUAAUGAUCAGAGUAUGUGUAAUAUUUGUCAACAUUUUAAUCAGAAAUUAAAAAAUGAAAUAAAAUUUAUUCUUCAUAUUUUUCAAAAUUAUGAAAACAAUCAAACAAAUAAUUUCAUCAAUAAUAAUUCUAUAUCUAUAAAAUCAUAUGAAUAUCAAAAGAAUUUAAAUUUUAAUCAGAAUCAAAAUAAAACAUUACAAUUAAAUAUUAUUACAGACACUUUAAAAUCUUUAUUAAAUUCUUCACAUAUCUUUUUUGAUAAAACGAUUCUACGUAUCCCUACAUACAAAAUUCAAAAUGUUCAAGAAAUGCAUGCUAAAUUUACAUAUCCAUUUCUCCUCAAUAUUUUUAAACACAUGAAUACAAACAAAGAUAAUAACAAAUCACAAUCUAUGCAAGAUAAUUUAAAUCAUAUACAUAAUGUAAUAUAUAAAUAUUCAUUGAAGGAAAAAAUACAUUUAACUCUAGUUGAUAUGUUCUUAUUUUAUUCUUAUAAAUAUUAUUUUUAUUAUUAUUAUGUCAUAAAAUUAAAGUGCAUAUUGCACGACCUUUUUAAGGCAAAAUAA